AUGUUGCCAGAUAGUGAUAUGAAUUUUUGCUUUACGACCAAUAAUAUCAAAUUGACUUCCUCCCGUGUUUUUACGGCGAUCACCGUUUCUAAGAAAUAUCAAGAGAUUCUCCAGGAGUCUGAGAGGGAUGGGUCUUGUUUGAUUACUUGCCAACACAUUUACACCGGCAUCAAGUUAACACUCCUCUUCCAAAAGGAGGAAAACAUUAAGUUCACAUAUUUCAUUCGAUACGCGAGACGAGUGGUUGGCUUUCGCUCUCUUUAUCGGGUGUUCCGUUACUUUCUCAAACAAAGUGGUAUUCUCACCGACAACAAUCACAACAUGAUCAUCUACCUCUCUCUGAUCUUCUACCUCCAAGUUCACCUCGGAGGCAAAACCGAAAACUUGCUGCUGUCAGACCUCUUCACCGGCUUCCUCGACCAGAUUUCGCAGGGUUCCAUUCUGCUCUCGCCCUCCAAUCAGAAAGGAUUUACCUUCUACCGCUACGCGAAGUCCGUCGAAUCGAAGCUCGAUGUCCAUCUCGACUUCGAAUCCAAAGAAUCGGAGCGUAUUUUCAAACGAAUCAUAAAGCUGUGCGAAAGCAGCUCGACGGUGCUCCGCCAGUUCAGCAGCAUGCGGGAAUACAAGGGGAACAUCGCGGGACAUUUGUUCUCGAAUUACCCUCGCAUCACACAGGCCAUGCAGAGCUCGUCGUUCUACUCGUCGCUAGAGAAGAAUGAAAAGGGGAGCGUGAAGAGAGUGAAGAAGAGACAAAUCAAUCCGGAGGAUAAUUUGAAGGUGAUUCAGCUGCUGGUGGUCUUGAUUGUUUUCACUAUGCUCUUUAUUGUGGUGAUUCUUUUUCUCAAAUACAGAGAAUCGUUGAAAAAGCCGGCGAUUCCUCAAAUAUUACUAGGGGACUUUAUUGAAAGUCGAGAAACUUUUGUAUAG